UGACAUUUCGUCGUUUGUUGAUUGUUUGUGGGAUGUUUACCGAUUUCAUUUUCAAUUAAAUAGACACUUUUAUAUUAAUAUAAUCAUGAAAGUUGACGCUGCACCUCCAUCGGAGAAACCUAAAAUUCCUUUACCAACAGUAUCACAAAUAAAUGCUGAUAGAAUAACACAGCUUGCUCAACAGUACUGGUCACCACAAACGAAGGACAACCACUUACCUUAUGAUGCAUCAAUUGUGGAAUCUAUCUACCAGACGGAGAUACUUGGAUCCUACUUUUCCGUACGUCGAAUUAUGAUGUUGGAAUUUUCUCAAUACUUAGAGAACUAUUUGUGGCCUCAUUACAAGACUGGAGAAGCGAGCCAUGCUCAUAUGAUGUCAAUUAUUGUUAUGACAAAUGAGAAGUUUCGGGAGAGAGUACAGGCAUGGCAGGCUUUCUUGAAGAAGCCCGAACACUUCCCCGGGUUCUUCGAGCAAGUUCUCCGUGCUAGUGUGGCAAAUGACCGCAGUAGUCAGAACAUGCGUGAGCAGACGGCACUCCUGAUGUUCCUUAACCACUGCUUUGGUAGUAUGGAAGUGCAACUCUGUAGGGAUCAGGUCAAGCGUCUUGUGUCUCUCAGUAUGUGGAUUAGUUUGCAAGAAGGUAGGAGAAAUCAAGAAUUCAAACUAGUACCUAAAUGGAAGAAAUACUGGAGAGCCAUACAGAAGAAGGAUAAACCUGAGAUGUUAGAAAAGUUGAACUGGGAGCGACAUUACCUGCAGCGGCUGAUGAUCAAGUUCAUGGAGAUCCUGGAGACGGUUUCCGAAACUGAAGAUGUCGAUCCGAAUGUUGUGAGGUAUUGUGAGCGGUUCUUAGAGCUGAUGAUCGAUCUCGAAGCGUUACUGCCUACCCGCCGCUUCUUCAACACCGUGAUGGAUGACUGCCAUCUAGUGGUGAGAUGUCAACUCUCAGCUCUAACACGACGGCCUGAAGGUCAGCUGUUUACACAGCUUCUGCAAAUGCUGAAGUUUUACGCGCGCUUCGAGAUCAGUGAUGAGACCGGAGACCCGAUGACAGAUCGUGACAUGACACUGCAGCAUUACUCCAGGAUCACAUCGUUACAGAAAGCAGCGUUUUCGAAAUUCCCCGACCUACGUCUCUUCUCCUUGGCUAAUGUUGCCAGCGUAGACACAAGAGAAUCCCUACAAAAACAUUUUGGUAAUUUAAGUGAUAAAGCAUUACGUGCAAUCGCUACCUACUUAAACCUGGUGCCGCCGGAAGGUAAAGAAGAUGAAGCACCCUGGCACAGACUGGACAAGGAGUUCCUUAAAGAAUUAUUGAUAUCUCGACACGAACGACGUAUAUCUCAACUAGAGGAGCUCAAUUCUAUGCCUCUGUACCCUACGGAAGAUGUCAUAUGGGAUGAGAACGUGGUGCCUACGGAGAUAUUCAGCGGAGAGAACUGUCUCGCGCUGCCAAAGCUGAACCUACAGUUCCUUACACUGCACGACUAUCUGCUAAGGAACUUCAAUUUGUUCCGACUUGAGAGUACAUAUGAGAUCCGGCAAGACAUCGAGGAUGCUGUGUACAGACUAGCGCCAUGGAGAGCAGAAGAUGGCAGUGUAUACUUCGGCGGGUGGGCGCGCAUGGCUCACCCUAUCAAGAGUUUCGCGGUAGUAGAAGUCGCUAAACCCAACAUUGGGGAGAAGGCGCCUUCCCGAGUCCGCGCUGACGUGACCGUCACUCUCAGCGUCAGGAACGAGAUCAAGCAGGAGUGGGAGAACCUCAGGAAACAUGACGUCUGCUUCCUGGUCACCGUACGACCUACGCAAGGCAUAGGUACAAAGUACGACUACAGAAGAAGUAUGGUGGACCAGGCGGGCAUAGUGUACGUGAGGGGCUGCGAGGUGGAGGGAAUGCUGGAUGCAUCUGGCAGGGUCAUUGAAGAAGGUCCCGAGCCCAGACCUGAACUGGACGGAGAUUCCAGAACAUUCCGUCUUCUGCUCGAUCCUAAUCAGUACAGAAUGGAUUUGGACCGUGCUAGCAAAGGAAAGGAGGACGUGUACGAAACAUUCAACAUAGUGAUGCGCCGCAAGCCGAAGGAGAACAACUUCAAGGCGGUGCUGGAGACGAUCCGCGAGCUGAUGAACACUGAGUGUGUGGUGCCCGACUGGCUGCACGACAUCGUGCUGGGAUACGGUGACCCGGGACAGGCGCAUUACACCAGGAUGCCUAACGAAAUCCCGACUUUGGACUUCAAUGAUACGUUCCUGGACAUGGAUCACCUUCGCAACAGUUUCCCUGGGUACGAGAUCAAGGUGCAAGUAGACGACCCCAGGAAGUUGGUGCGACCUUUCAAAGUGACGUUCGAAAAUGUUUUACGAAAAGAGAAGCAUGGUGAUAACGCAAUGGACGAGGACGACUCUCAUAAAGUGAUUGUGGUGGAACCCCACGUGCAGCCCAAACGGGGACCUUACCUCUACAAUGAACCAAAGAAGAAUAACAUUCUGUUUACACCAACACAAGUGGAAGCUAUCAGGUCGGGAAUGCAGCCCGGGUUGACCCUUGUCGUCGGACCCCCCGGCACAGGUAAAACUGACGUGGCGGUGCAAAUAAUAUCGAACCUAUACCACAACUUCCCGUGGCAACGCACGCUGGUGGUGACGCACAGUAACCAGGCACUCAACCAGCUGUUCGAGAAGGUGGCCGCGCUGGACGUGGACGAGCGACAUCUGCUGCGUCUGGGACACGGCGAGGAGGCGCUCCACACUGACAAAGAUUUCUCCAGAUACGGUCGUGUGAACUACGUGUUGGCGAAGCGGCUGGAGCUGCUGCAGCAGGCGGCGCGGCUGCAGCGCGCGCUGCGGGCGGGCGGGGAGGCCGGCGCUACCUGCGAGCUCGCGCACCACUUCUACGUGUACCACGUGCGUCCGCGCUGGGACGACUUCCUCCUGCUCCUCGCACAUGAUAAGACGAAAUCAGUGGAAACUAUUAGUAAAGAGUUUCCGUUCCAUGAAUUCUUCGAAGACGCGCCAAAACCACUGUUCCCGGGAAAAUCUUAUGACGAAGACAUGGAGAUCGCACGUAGCUGCUUCAGGUACAUAGAUCACAUAUUCGAGGAGCUGGAGGAAUUCCGCGCGUUUGAACUGUUGCGGUCUGGUUUAGAUCGAUCUAAGUAUUUGUUGGUGAAAGAAGCUAAAAUUAUCGCCAUGACUUGUACACACGCAGCUCUCAAACGAUCCGAACUGGUUCAAAUGGGUUUCAAAUACGACAAUAUUUUAAUGGAGGAAUCGGCUCAGAUCCUGGAGAUAGAGACGUUCAUUCCCCUGCUGCUGCAGAACCCUCAGGACGGCAGGUCGCGUCUCAAGCGCUGGAUCAUGAUCGGAGAUCACCACCAGCUGCCGCCCGUCGUCAAGAACAUGGCCUUCCAGAAGUACUGUAACAUGGAGCAGAGCUUAUUCACCAGGAUGGUCAGGCUCGGAGUGCCAUAUGUGGAACUUGAUGCACAAGGACGUGCUAGACCAAGCAUCUGCAACCUGUACCGGUGGCGGUACCGAGCGCUGGGAGACCUGGGCCAUGUGCUGCGUCUGCCGGAGUACCGCGCCGCCAACGCAGGUCUCAGGCACGACUUCCAGCUCAUCGAUGUUGCAGACUUCAAUGGAGCCGGCGAGACGGAGCCCAGCCCGUAUUUCUAUCAGAACUUGGCGGAGGCUGAAUACGUAGUAGCAGUGUUCAUGUACAUGCGGCUGGUGGGCUGGCCGGCAGAUCGCAUCUCCAUACUCACUACAUACAAUGGACAGAAGCAUCUCAUACGAGACGUCGUUGACAAACGUUGCGCCGGCAAUCCGCUCAUUGGCAGGCCGCAUAAGGUGACGACGGUGGACAAGUACCAGGGUCAGCAGAACGACGUGGCGCUGGUGUCGCUGGUGCGCACGCGCGCUGUGGGCCACGUGCGCGACCUGCGCCGCCUCGUGGUGGCCGCCUCGCGCGCACGACUCGGACUAUACAUAUUCGCCCGCGCCGACCUCUUCCGCAACUGCUUCGAGCUGCAGCCCACCUUCAACCAGUUGGUGGAGCGGCCGCUGCAGCUGGAGCUGGUGCCGAGGGAGACGUUCCCGGCGCAGCGCGGGGCGGAGGCGGCUGUGCCAGCUGCGCGCGUGCUGCGCGUGCACGACAUGCCGCACAUGGCGCGCUACGUAUACGACAUGUAUCUCGACAUCGUGCGUCUGCGCACCGGACACCAGCAAGCGGAGGGCGGCUGGGUCCCGCCGGGCAGUGAGAGCGCCGCCCGCCCGCGCUCCCCGCGCCCGCCCACCACCACGCCCUCCGCCGCGACCGCCGCUGACAGUGACGAUGAAGACACCGCGCCCACAUUCACACCCACCAACAUAGUCAAUGAAGUAGAAGAUGUGCCAGACAACUAA